UUAGAACUAGUUUUUGGCGCGCUUUUGUUUCAUUGUGCGUAAAUCGUUGCGCAUGUCUAGCACGUGAAUGCCCGCGCACCGAUCAACAAUGGGUUCUAAAUUUCGAACUAGGUCUUCCAGUCCAAUGGAACUUCGACCCAUGCUGAGUGAAGUGAGUGUCCUUUCUCGUUCAGAUGGUUCUGCAAGCUUUAGCCAAGGGGACUGUUGUGCACUAGCAGCAGUUUAUGGACCAGGGGAGGUGAAGGUAGCUAAAGAACUAUCAGACAAAGCCUCGGUGGAAGUUGUUUUCAAAAUGAAAGUUGGCUUGCCAGGAUGCAAAGAAAAAAUCCAAGAGAGGAUUCUAAGAAACACAUGUGAGACUGCCAUUGCUGCCACGUUGUAUCCCAGGACUGCCAUUGAUAUUGUUAUCCAAGAAAUGCAUAACUCUGGGUCUUUUUUGGCCACGUGUAUCAACUGUGUUUGUAUGGCUAUGCUUGAUGCCUGUGUGGACAUGAAGUAUCUUGUGGCAGCAGUAACAUGUGGGCUAAAUAGUGAAGGUGAAUUGAUUUUAGAUCCCACUCUUGAACAGGAAUCUGACUUAACUGCCUUGAUGAUUUUUGCUUAUGAAAGUAGCAAUUUUGAGGUGAUUGCCACUUACACUACAGGCAGUUUUACUAGUGACCAGUUCCAGAUAUGCUUAAUUCACUGCAGAGAAGCUAGUAAACAUAUAUUCCAGUUCUUUAGAGACACAAUGGCUAGAAAACUAUCAAAGUAAAUGUACCAAAUUGGAGUAAUACUGUUUUGUCAUGGCACAAUAAAAUGUGAUCCCAAGUUACAAACUUGUUGUGUUCCAAGAGGUUGUUUGUACAAUUGUACUCAGUAUUUACAGUACACAAAAUGAAAUUAUUCUGCUGCACAUGUCACAUAGUUUCUCAACAUUAAAGAA